AUGGAUGUAUGUAGUAGCGACCGAGGGAGUGGGCGGGGCUUGGUCCAUCUGCAGCCCUCUUUCUCUCACGUGCUGCAUGCAUGCUCAUCUCCUCACCUAGCCUGGAACAGCGACGGUUUGUCUGAGGUAACGUCACUAAGCGCCGACCGCAGGAACAGCGGCGGUUUCUCUGAGGUAACGUCACUAAGCGCCGACCGCAGGAACAGCGACGGUUUCUCUGAGGUAACGUUACUGUACGCCGACCGCAGGAACAGCGGCGGUUUCUCUGAGGUAACGUCACUAAGCGCCGACCGCAGGAACAGCGGCGGUUUGUCUGAGGUAACGUCACUAAGCGCCGACCGCAGGAACAGCGGCGGUUUCUCUGAGGUAACGUCACUAAGCGCCGACCGCAGGAACAGCGGCGGUUUCUCUGAGGUAACGUUACUAAGCGCCGACCGCAGGAACAGCAGCGGUUUCUCUGAGGUAACGUUACUGUACGCCGACCGCAGGAACAGCGGCGGUUUCUCUGAGGUAACGUCACUAAGCGCCGACCGCAGGAACAGCGGCGGUUUCUCUGAGGUAACGUUACUAAGCGCUGACCGCAAGAACAGCGGCGGUUUCUCUGAGGUAACGUCACUAAGCGCCGACCGCAGGAACAGCGGCGGUUUCUCUGAGGUAACGUUACUGUACGCCGACCGCAGGAACAGCGGCGGUUUCUCUGAGGUAAGGUCACUAAGCGCUGACCGCAGGAACAGCGGCGGUUUCUCUGAGGUAACGUCACUAAGCGCUGACCGCAGGAACAGCGGCGGUUUCUCUGAGGUAACGUCACUAAGCGCUGACCGCAGGAACAGCGGCGGUUUCUCUGAGGUAACGUCACUAAGCGCUGACCGCAGGAACAGCGGCGGUUUCUCUGAGGUAACGUCACUAAGCGCUGACCGCAAGAACAGCGGCGGUUUCUCUGAGGUAACGUCACUAAGCGCCGACCGCAGGAACAGGGGCGGUUUCUCUGAGGUAACGUCACUAAGCGCCGACCGCAGGAACAGCAGCGGUUUGUCUGAGGUAACGUUACUGUACGCCGACCGCAGGAACAGCGGCGGUUUCUCUGAGGUAACGUCACUAAGCGCCGACCGCAGGAACAGCGGCGGUUUCUCUGAGGUAACGUCACUAAGCGCCGACCGCAGGAACAGCGGCGGUUUCUCUGAGGUAACGUCACUAAGCGCCGACCGCAGGAACAGCGGCGGUUUCUCUGAGGUAACGUCACUAAGCGCCGACCGCAGGAACAGCGGCGGUUUCUCUGAGGUAACGUCACUAAGCGCCGACCGCAGGAACAGCGGCGGUUUCUCUGAGGUAACGUCACUAAGCGCCGACCGCAGGAACAGCGGUGGUGUUGUGCAAGUUAUUGAAUGUGAAAUAUCGCUAUCAUGAUGAUGGCUACCGAGUGAAAACCUGACGUUACUGAAUAAUUAUUAAGGUACUACGUGACCAUUUUUACUUAACAAUGACCUCAUUAUCUGUAUUAUUUACUUUUGAAGAAAAUAAUCAGCUGGAAUGUGUUUGUGCUGAUGGGAUUAUACACGCUAGCUAAUAUUAGCCUAAAUUAGCUAGAUAUGCUGCCAGCUUAAUGCACUGGAUGCACCAUUCAGCUACAUGCCAGAAGUCAUUUUGAGAAGGUCUUGUUUUUGUCAAAGGUUCAAAGAUCUCUCACUAACAUAACUGGAAUAAACCCGAUACUGAUGCUGAUAAUAUUGAUUAUGAAUCAACGAGGACAUGAAGACGCGCUGGUGAUGAUCUGUACCUGAGUCUGAAUCUCCCGAACCGCUGAACUCAUCAACCAUGUUAAUGGGGUGGACAAAAUAUUAGGAACACCAUUCAGUAUAAAAUGCACUGCAGUACGGCAGCAGCGCCCACUACGACCUCAAUAACACACACGAAGAAGAAUUAUCACCUUUCUGACAACGUAAACAAAAACUGAAAAUGUAUAAACUUCAUAAUAUAAAUGUAGAACUGAUGCUGAGAGUUCAUACUGGCAGAGGCAGUAGAUGACAAACCAGACUACCAGUAACAUUCAUUUGUGAAUUUUACUGUAAAAAUGUUAAACUAUCAUGUUUAAAUUCCUAAAACAGCAUCAUGUCUGCACCUGCACGGCUGUUUAACAGAUAAAUACGUAAACAUACUAACAUGUUCCACAGACGUUUGUUUGUUACAGCUGCAUUAUUGUUGUUCUUACAGUACUUUACUACCAGCAUCCAUUAAUCACAUCUCCAACCUUUACAAAUGAUGUGUAUCGUUGUUUUUUUACACAGCUGGUUGGAAUCUGGACGGAAAACCUGGAGGUUACUUCCUGUUAAAGUUUUUCCUUCCUGCUCGGGGGGGAUGUUGGGUCUGUAAAAUAAAGAGCUCAGUCUAGACCUCAUCCAGUCCAGUUCACCUCUCUGAGAUGUCUUUGAUCAUAUUAAACAGUGAUGUCACUGUCAGAGUAUCAAUAAAUACACACACAAAUAAUUCAUCAAUGAUAUCAACCAACUCCAGAACCAUGCCAGUAGGAAUGGUUCCUGUUCCUCUGAGUAGGACACAGUACAAAUACUGCAGUAUACAGUACAAAUACUGC